AUGGAGGAAAAGGUGAGAGCACGCAGGGCCCAGAAGCUGGCAGAAGAACGACGCAGGCCUUCCAUCACUGAUUAUGCCUACGAUGCCAGGCAAUUCAUCCCUCCAGCAUGGCUCCAAGUUAAUCCCCAGGUGUACCGAGCCCAUGAGAUCCUCCAUAAUUGCGCCUGCAUCGUUAUGCGCCGCAUUAGCUACAUGGCAUGGCUGAAGGGACAUUGUUACGACUUUCUGUGCGCCGCCGAGCUGGGAAGCGUCUGGGACAAGCAUUGCGCCUCUGUUAAACUCCUUAGAGAGUGGCAGGACUACAACAUGCUAUUCUCUAACCCCCUGUACAGAACACCCUGUCCUCGCCAGAAACUAAACAAGGAUGUUCUGGAAUUCCAACUUGAUCCAGAUCGUUAUGAUGCAUUUCACAAGUGGUUCAGCAAUCUCCUCCUCGAGCUUGUCAUGGGUCCCAUGGAGGAAUAUGUUCUAUACUUGUACCGCACUGAGAGUACGGCGGCCCAUUCUCUCAACUCCUACAACCAUCAGAAUUAUAUUUUCUGGUGGAAUCGUUACUUUCGACCUUGGAUGCACGAGUGGGAGGGUUGUAUCGCCAGCCUUGUGUUGCCGUCGUGGGAAAGUGUGAUCGAUGACCUUUACAUCUGGGUUAUCGACCGAGUUGAGGAGCCUAGCAAACUCGCCAAUUUCCUUUCCAAGUGUCGGGACAAGGAGUAUGCCAAAAUGAUGGUAAUCGACAGCGAGGAGCAAGUCAAUGAACACCAGGAAUGCAACCCUAGGUACUCUGCUCAUAUUGAUGGCCUCACUGCUGAUACAGAAUCCGACGUAGAACGUGUGUUUAAGAACACACAGGAAGGAAACUGCACUUACACUGAUGAUAUUGAUGAGCUUGAUGAAAUUGAUGAAGUGGUCAUGGUCAACGAGUUCUUUCGCACUGACUCGCUUUGA